CUAACACAUUAAUUUAUUCAACGAUCGAACUAUACUGAAUAAUUUAUCAGCUUACCAUUUCCACAGCUGACAUGAAUCCACGAGAUCGGUAGCGAUUUUCCGAUCCAAGCAAUUUGUCGAACGCUUGGGGAAUAUCGUGCUGCUAGCUUCGUCUUCACCCGAUUCUUGGAAUUUCUUAAUGACACACGGAUCGACGACAAUCAGGAGGGUGACGUAUAUAGAGCUGUACUCGCGACGCGACGACGUUAACCGGCAAAGCUGAGCGAGCCGAGAGGGCGCACCGGCGAGCAGGAAACCACGCGAGUAUAAGAUGUGGAAAACGACGGGCUCGACAACACGCGAAGCGACAACAGUCGAAUCGACAACAAAGCGUUGUCGAAUUCGAUGAACACGACCACAGUCGCAUGCUGACGCGGUCAAGAUAAUUGUGGCUAGCAAGCUUGCGACAGAGCGAUGAUGGCGCGACACGACAAACUAAAACAGGGAUACGACAACAUGAGGCUUGAUUCAACGCGGGGACUCGACGCGGAAACUUGACACGCCGUGGCGAGCAGAGAACUUCGCGCGCGCACUAGAAGAGUUCGACACGCGCAGCAGGGGCGAGCAGCAGGCGCCGAGCUGCGCGCAGGCACGCGACGGCCACGGCAAGGAAGCUCCGCGAGCUGAGCGACUGCGCGUCCGUCAAGCAGAGCAGGGCAGUCGUGCCAUGGGAAGAAGCAGCGCGCGGCGAGGGAAGCAGACUCCGGCAAAUCCCAGGGCGCGGCCAUGGGAGACUCGGUAGGGGCACGACCGAGCAGAAAUGGAGCUCGGCAAACUCCAUGGGCGAGCAGAGCGCAGGGCGCUCCGGCCAGGCGAGCAGGGAGAGCACGCCAUGACUGGAAACUUGGGGAAUAAAUAAAAAAACGCGGCGCGCAGAGAGAAGCGGCUGCCAGACGCCGUAGGAGACGGGCGCCGAGCAAGCAGAGGAGACGGGGCGCGAUCCGAGCUCCGCGACACACAGGAAGAUGAAGAAAAGCGGCUCGGCUGGGAGAUCCGGCCAGGUACGUCCGUGAGGAGCUCGCGGCGCGCCAUGGGAGCUUCACGAGCGAGAUCGGAGCAGGGAGAGAAGGGGCGACCGAGCGCCGUCUCCCGCGGCGAGCACCGACGAGCAGCAGGGCACGACCAUGGAUGGAGCCGGGUUGGAGCUGGAGGGAGCUCGGCUGGGACUGGUCAGAGGGUCGCGGCUCGCGCAAGGAGCAAGGAGGAAGACGCGGUAGAGGGGAUGAGCAGCGGACGCGGCUGGAGCAGAGCUCACGCGCAGGAAAAAAAAUGGAGCGCCAUGGCACCACUCGACUGGAAGCAGACCAGAGAGAGAAAAAGGAGUGGCUGCGCGCUAGAGGAGAGAUCGAGCGACCGGGCGACGAGGAACAGGGACGCCGUGGCCAGGAAAAGCAGGGGGCAGAGCGAGCUUGCGGCCAUGGCAGGGGCUCCAAAUCCUGCGCAGAGAAAAACAGGACAGGGGCAGGGAAGAAGACGCCUGGAAUCCGAGCAAGGGCUUGGCCGGGACGCGUCAAGUGAAGCUUCAGGGCGCGCGUGCUUGAAUUUUAUGCUUGAGUUGAGCGGCGGCUGGAUAAGCGCGCAGGGAAAAGAAAAUCCAGAGCCACGAACAGAGAAGGGAUGAGA